AGAAAGGGCGAAAAUAAUAAAUAACGAAGCCUACUAUUUUAUUACAGUCGCGCGUCUUCCGUCGUCGAGCUUUUACCUUCUCUCUUCUUCCAUUGUCCUUUUCUCUCUCUUCGAUCCAGCUCGAUCAACGAAUGCAGGUACCAUAAAGUUGUAUCUGCUGAAGUAGAUUUACUUCCAAUGCUCACUUUUGAGGGGAAGGCUCUGUAGAUAUGUGAUCUGACACUGAGUUUUGAUAAUGGUUGGAAAUUCGAGAUUCGAAUUGACUUCGGCUAGCCCUGAAUCUAGUUUUACAGGGAAUUAUCAAAUUGGGCAAAGAGGGAGUUAUCCUAGUCUGGUACUGGAUAGGUCUGGAAGCUUCAGAGAGGGUGCAGAGAGUAGGAUGUUUGGUUCUGGGAAGGCUACAUCCAGGGGGAGUGCUAUGUUGUCGGGGGAUUUACCUGCAUUGUCUCAAUGUCUGCUGCUGGAGCCGAUCGUAAUGAUUGAUCAAAAAUGUUCACGGUCCAGUGAGUUAAGGAGGGUUCUGGGCUUUUCUGUUGGCUGCAGCUCAGAAGACUACUCCUUCGGUGCUGGUCAUCUGAAGAAUUCAUCUCCAGUGGCUGUGGACGAAUUAAAGAGAUUGAAGGCUAGUCUUGCAGAUACUCGUGUCAAAGCCAGUGGCAGAGCAAAAAAGUUGGAUGAGCAUUUAAAUAAAUUGAACAAAUAUUUUGAGGGUAUGACCUCCAAGAAGCUGCAGCGAAAAGAACCAUCCACAAAUGAAAGAUCGGGUAGUUCAAACUUGAAGAUUGGAACCCAGGUGAACCGAAGCUCAUUGGAAGUUGGAAAUCAGAAAUUCGAGGAUCGGCCUAAGAAUGUUAUUCUUAAUAAGCGUGUGCGCACAUCAGUGGCAGAAACUCGGACCGAAUGCCGUGGUAAUGGAUUACCACGGCAGCCGUUGGUGGCGUCAAAAGACCGAGAUAUGCUUAAAGAUAAUAAUGCAGAUUCUGAUAUGGUUGAGGAAAAGAUAAGGAAAUUGCCUGCUGGUGGAGAGGGUUGGGAGAAGGGAAUGAAAAGGAAGCGCUCUGUUGGUGCAGCUUUUUCCAAACCCAUUGGCAAUGAUGGGGAAGCAAAACAAAAUGCACACCAUAAGCUUGCCAAUGAGCACAGCCUGCUAUCCUGCGAUUCCUCCCACGGUUUCAGAUCAGGGGCUCCUACUGGUGCCAGUUCCACUAGCAAAUUGGAUUCUUCUUCGUCCCCUGCAAGUUCUAGUGCUCGUGCAACUCUAAAAAAUGAACCUGAAAAAUCUGUUCCUUCAAGGGAUGUUUCUGCUGGAGCAACUAAGGAGCGAGUAUCGGGGAAAGGAAAUAUUAAGUUGAAUACCCUUGAGGACAAUCAUGCAAUUUGCCCUAGUCCAAUAACUAAAGGAAAGGCCUCGAGGGCUCCCCGAACUGGCUCUGCAACUUCAAACAAUUCAGCUUCUAACGUUCCUCGUGUGUCUGGAACUAUGGAGAGCUGGGAACAACCCCCAGGCAUAAGCAAAAACCCUUCAUUUAAUGGGACUAGCAGUCGCAAGCGGGCUAGUCCUGCAGGAUCAUCUUCUCCACCCUUGACUCAAUGGGCUGGUCAGAGGCCACAGAAGAUUUCUCGUACAAGAAGGACUAAUCCUCUGUCGGUGUCAAACCACGAUGAAGUACAGUUGCAGUCUGAAGGAUGCUCUCCUACAGAAUUUGGUGCCAGAUUAAGCUCUAGUGGAAAUGAUCCUCCUCUUCUCUCGGAGAAUACAGCCAAUGGAAUCCAAAUUUUCAAUCCAAAAUCUGGAAAUGUUUCAUCCCCUGCUAGAUUGUCUGAAAGUGAUGAAUCUGGUUCUGGUGAAAACGGAAUGGAGAAGAAACCUAUAGGUAGUGGCUAUGUGGACAAAAAAGCUGCGAGUGCAAAUAAAAUUGUGGUUAAAGAAGAAAUUGGUGAUGGUGUGUGGAGACAAGGGCAGAAUGGAAGGGUAUCACCAUUUUCUGGGGCUAGUAGUUCAUCAAUGAGAGAGAAGCUGGACAAUCCAACACCUGCCAAGCCACUGCGAAAUGCGAGAUCUGGUUGUGACAAGAGUGGAAGCAAAUCAGGUCGUACUUUGAAGAAGCUAUCAGAUCGCAAAGGCGUUUCUCGGCUUGGCCAUGUGGCAAGUGGGGGUUCUCCUGAUUUUAAUGGGGAAGCAGAGGAUGACCAUGAAGAGCUCUUAACAGCUGUGAAUAUGGCUUGCAAUUCUAGCUUUCUUGCCUGUUCAAGCCCAUUCUGGAAGAAAUUUGAGACAUUGUUUACCUCUAUUAGUACAGACAAAAAAUCAUACUUAUUACAAGAGCUGAAAUUAGCUGAAGAGUGUGGAAGUCCGUCUCAAUUCUCUGGCCAUGGCAAUGACGUUCAGGUUGAUGUCCAUGAAAAAAAGUCAGCAUUUGAUUCUCUUUCUGGUAAGAGAAAUCAACAAAUGACAAUUCAAACUGGGACAAAGGACUCCUCUGAUAUGGUGGAAUUUAUUGAGCAAUUACAGGAUUCUUCUUUGUUUGGGUACCGUGACACAGAGAGAAGACACAACACAGUUACGCCACUUUACCAAAGAAUACUAUCCGCUCUUAUUGUAGAAGAUGAAAUUGAAGAAUUUGAAGAAAAUAGGUUUGGAGGACCAAGUACUAUUCCUGUUGAUUCCUGCCUUCUUAUUGAUACUCAAAGUAGAUAUCGAGAUAGACUGGACUUCUGUGAGACAAUUUUUGGUGUCCAAACUCCGAAAAAUGGUAAUUCACACAUAUUUUUUUCUUGUAAUGGAAAUGCUGAUUAUGACAGUAGCCCUAAUGUUCGACAUCAUACACGUAAUGGAGAAUUGCUGCAAGGGGAUAGUGGAUAUGUGCAUUCAGAGGUGGAAGUGUUGGUUAGACUUUCAAGGUGUGAUUAUGGUCCAGAAAGUUUACAGUCAACAAAUUAUAGCAUUUCUUCCAUUGAUUGCCAAUACGAGCAGAUGUGUCUUGAAGACAAACUCGUACUGGAACUGCAAAGUGUUGGCCUGUUUUUAGAAACUGUGCCUGCCUUGGAUGACAGAGAGGACAAGGUAAUCAAUCAGGAUAUUGAUCAGCUGGAGAGGGGACUCCAUCAGCAGAUUGGAAAGAAAAAGAUGUUCCUGGAUAAAAUAUGCAAGGCUAUUGAAGAAGGCAAGGAUGUAGACCUACGGGAUCCUGAGCAGCUUGCUAUGGAUAAACUUGUAGAGUUGGCAUACAAGAAACUUUUGGCAACUAGAGGAAGUUUCGCUACUAAACAUCGGAUUGCUAAGGUGUCAAAACAAGGUGCGUUGGCUUUUGCCAAGAGAACACUUGAUAAGUGUCGGAAAUUUGAAGAUUCAGGAGUAAGUUGCUUUGCUGAGCCCACACUUCGUGAUGCCAUUUAUGCUGCACCGACUCAGAUUGCUGAAGGAGAGCUGCUGACCAGUAGAGACCUUGUAGUUGCUAAUGGCUGCUUGUCCCGUUUUGCUGAUGGUUGUUUAUCUGAUGCACUUGAGACUUCAAGUCAUCUAUCUGAUCAGACUUGCGCUAAAAUUGGGCCGGUAUUGAAUAGAGGAAAGAAGAAGGAAGUAUUGCUCGAUCAUGUUGGUGAUGCUGUCUUUAGAGCCACAUCCACUCUUGGCAUUUUGGGCAAUGCUAAGGGAAAGAGAAGUGAAAGAGACCCUUCAACCAGAAACGCUGUUUCCAGGGUAUCAACGGGUGGCUUGAAGGGAGAGCGCAAAACAAAAGUGAAGCCAAAGCAAAAGAUCGCUCAGCUUUCUACAUCAGGAAAUGGGGUUACAACACGUCCCGUAUACGUUUCAGCUAGUGGUUCUGGUGAAUUGGCCAAUAUUAUUUGCAACAAGAAAAGGGAUGUUAGAUUUAUGUCUUCUGGUAAUGUCCCUCAGGAUUCAUCGAAGGACAUCAAGGACUCCUUGGAAUUAGAAAAUUUGCCACUGAAUGAUUUAGACUCGAUGGAGGAACUAGGGGUAGAUACUGACAUUGGUGCUCCUCAGGAUUUCAAUACGUGGUUCAAUUUUGACGUGGAUGGAUUACAAGACCAUGAUUCUGUUGGCCUUGAGAUACCCAUGGAUGACCUUUCUGAAUUAAAUAUGUUUUGAUCUCGGUAGUUCUUUUUGUACAGCGUGUAGAAUAUAUGGCUAGCUACAGAAGAAUGAAUUUCUUUUUCUUUUUUCGUUGUAAUUAUCCGAUUCUUUAUGUGUACUUAUAUCGGGGAAAUUGUUUAGGAAAUCCUCAUUGUGUAAUCUGAACAUUAUUUUCCUUGUAAUAAGAACAUUUUGUUUAAAUAAUCUAAUUAGUUGUUCGUAGCA